UAGCAGAGUUUCAAAAUCUUUAAUGUGAAAAAUACACAAAACAAAACAAAAAACAAGAAAGUUCAACGCCGUAUCAGAAAGGUGUAGAUACUUUAUUUGUCCGGGAGAAUAUAAAGAAAAGAGAAUGGGUAUCCAAGAACUCGACCCGUUGGCCCAACUAAGUUUACCACCGGGCUUCCGGUUUUACCCGACGGACGAAGAGUUGAUGGUUGAAUAUCUAUGCAGAAAAGCUGCCGGUCAUGACUUCUCUCUCCAGCUCAUAGCCGAGAUCGAUCUCUAUAAGUUCGACCCGUGGGUCUUACCGAGUAAGGCGUUAUUCGGGGAAAAAGAAUGGUAUUUCUUCAGCCCGAGGGAUAGGAAGUAUCCUAACGGGUCGAGACCUAACCGGGUUGCCGGGUCAGGUUACUGGAAAGCCACCGGUACGGAUAAGGUUAUAUCGACUGAGGGAAGAAGAGUUGGGAUCAAGAAAGCUUUGGUGUUUUAUGUAGGAAAAGCACCAAAAGGCACCAAAACUAAUUGGAUCAUGCAUGAGUACCGUCUCAUCGAACCCUCUCGUAGAUAUGGAAGCACCAAGCUUGAUGAUUGGGUUUUAUGCCGAAUAUACAAGAAGCAAUCAAGCGCACAGAAACAGGUUUAUAGUAAUCCAAUGACAAGUGGAAGAGAAUACAGCAACAAUGAUUCGUCGACGUCAUCUUGCUCUCAUCAAUACAAUGAUGUUCUCGAGUCGUUACAUGAGAUCGAUAACAGAAGUUUGGGAUUUGCGGCCGGUUCAUCAAACGCACCUCCUCACCAUAGUCAUAGACCGAGCUUAAUCGAACAGAAAACCGGGUUUCUUAAUUUAUCUAGGGAACCAAGCUUUGACUGGCCAACCUAUGGUGGGCAUGACUCGGUCCCUGAACUUACACCGAGUCAUAAUGUUCCUCGUCUCCGUUACGGCGACGGUGGUGGUUAUUUUCGAAGUGUCAAGACAAAUGAAGAAGACAAUAAGACGCAGCAACAAGCUGAGGGUUUCAGUGCUGACCCGGUAAACGGAUUCGGGUACUCGGAUCAACAACAUGAUGCUUUCGGGUUUAUUUAAUUGUGAAACGGUGACAUAAUAAAAAAAGACAAUUUAUUUUUGUGUAUCAGAUUAAUUAAGUAAAUAUAGUGUAGAAAAAUUGUAAUUA